AUGGAGGAUAUCACGCGUCGGAAUGCCUAUCGGUUCGUCGCCUACGCAGCCGUCACCUUUUCCGUCGUCGCCGUGUUCUCGGUUAGUUUUUUGCAUGACUGACGGCUCUCAACUCACUUCUUUUUCAGCUCGCUGUAACCAUUCCUAUGGUGUACAGUUACGUGAACAGCGUCAAGACCCAGAUUGACCAUCAGAUCGCCUACUGUAAGCACUCGGCCCGUGACAUCUUCUCCGAGGUCAACCACAUCCGUGCCAACCCGAAGAACGCUUCACGCUUCGCCCGUCAAGCCGGUUAUGACUCGGACGCCGGCGCCGCUGUUGAGUCGUUCUCCGGUGGAUCUUCCGGAGGAUCCUGCUCUGGCUGCUGCCUGCCGGGAUCCGCGGGACCAGCCGGAACCCCUGGAAAGCCAGGACGUCCGGGACGUCCGGGAGCUUCUGGACUUCCUGGAAACCCGGGAAGACCACCAGCACAGCCAUGCCAUCCAAUCACCCCACCACCGUGCCGCCCAUGCCCACAGGGACCACCCGGACCUCCAGGUUCGCCAGGACCACAGGGAGACGCCGGAGCUCCAGGAGGGCCAGGAUAUGGAGGAGGCGCCGGAGCCACAGGACCAGCCGGACCAAAGGGACCACGUGGACAGCCAGGAAAUCCAGGAAGAGCUGGAGCACCAGGACAGCCGGGAGCCGACGCUCAGGGACAAUCUACUCCGGGAGCACCAGGACCAGCAGGACCACAGGGACCACCAGGAAGAGCCGGAAGCCCAGGAGCCCCGGGAGGACCAGGACAGCCGGGAGCACCAGGGCCAAAGGGACCAUCCGGAGCUCCAGGACAGCCGGGAGCCAACGGAAAUCCAGGACAACCGGGUCAACCGGGACAAGACGGAGGCGCCGGAAACCGCGGAAUCUGCCCCAAGUACUGCGCCAUCGACGGAGGAGUUUUCUUCGAGGACGGAACCCGCAGAAAAUAG